GUACUAGCGGUCAUCAUCUUCCAUAGUAUCUCAGCUAGGCGAGAAGAUGACGUUGAGAGCUGGGCCUGUAUUUAUCUACAAGUCGAAGCGUUAUUGUACGAAAACGGGUCCUCCCGAAAUAUAGUAAAAUUAUGCUACAGAGAGAGACCACAGCGUGGGGAGACGUCGAUAGUAUCCUAUUGCAAGGGCAACAAGCAGCCAGCACCAGCGCUAUCAAGCAGAAUGACGGAUUUUUGAAGCUUCUCCCGCCCUUGUUCCUCUCCGUGCUGUUCACUUUGAUCGGGCGUUUUAUCCUCCGGAAAAAGCUAGCAUGGCGGAACGCGAUCGUGAAGAAUGUGUUCUGGAAGUUCCAGUUCAACCUCCACCCCGUCAUCGUCGGCCUCUGCGUCUAUCUCGCCAGCUGUCCGAAAGACCUCUACUUUGCCGAAUACGCCAGUUUCAUGGUCGUCCCCUUCGCCUUCAACUUCGCCGUCGAGCCGUGGGACCUCCCGUUCCGGGAUAAACUUUUCUCCCUGUUUUUCUACCUCCACCACUUCGGGCCGGUGGUGGGAUGCAUCGCCGCGGACUGGGCGAGCAACCACUUGGCGGCCGCGGGGAAAAUUAUACCGCUGUCCGCGACGGUGACCAGCAACAGUACCAGCUUACCCGCCACCGCGCUGCUGUUCGCGCACAUCUGGCUGCUGCACCCGAUCGGCACGCUGGACGCGAAAAAGCUCCUGAACAAGCAGAAGAUCUUUUGGCCCUACGUGCUUCAGGGCUUCUUGCUCAAAAUCGCCUUUUGGCGGGAGAUGAUCACGGCCGAAAAAGUGUACGUGUCGAAUUACGGCCUCAUCCAGAUGCAGACCGACGCGAUCGUGCUGGCGAUCUUUCUGCAGUUCAUAGGCCGGUGGGGGUCGUUUCUGCGAUUGCGAUUGAGGUUUAAAAUCAUGAAGGAAGACAAGUUUGAAUGGCACAAGUGCUUCUGGGAGCCAACACUCUUUUUCGUGGCGUAUGUGGUCGCAAAUCACGUUUUUCUGGUGAUAUACUGACAAUGAUACACGUAUUGCA